AAUUUUAUGAAAGUUUCUAGUCUCGGAGAGGAAUUUUGAGCAGUCUCUACCACAGCCCCGUUGCGCCGCCACUGCCCUGGCACCUCAACGUGACCAUGACUAGUUCGUCAAAUUGACAGCUCCAGCGGCGCUGGCGCCGAAAGCAGCGAGUGCCCCCCGUGACAACGCCCCGAAAUGACGUGUUGUUCAUGAGACAAUGUCCAGCAGCAGCGACUCGGAGGAAUUCUAUGACGCCGAAGACCUAACACCUAGUCAUGGUCCAAGAAAAAAUCGCAAAAGCUCCAAGGAAAGUCUCACACAUAGGGCGAAUUCGGAACCUAAUGUCUCAACGGUGCCCCCAGGUCAAGAUGAAAGACAGCUCCAAUCAGUCAACGAGAUUGUUUUUAUUGAACCCCAGAAGAGAACACCGCUUGCAGGGCGUCGCAAAUUUAAAGAAUUAAGACAGAAACUGCAACAUGAUGAUGAGGAUUGUCAAACAAGCAAUGUAACGCCCCCCAACAGCCAAACAUCAUCAGUGGAGGGGGUUUUUGCCGCCUCCAAUAAAACCUCCCAUCCUUUCAGGAUCAUAGAGCAGGAUACUGUCAGUUUGCAGAGUAUCAACUCUUUGGGGAGGCUGACUCGAAUUUUGGGAGGGAUUGCGGAAGGCGAAAGCGGUCGUAAGGCCGUUUCCGUAUCGGCCCUCUCGUCUAGCUCCCUUGACUCGGGCUCCACCCCCAGCUCGAAAGGCAUAUCCCAAUACCCCAGUAACGCAACACUAACUUCCGAAAAGUCCAGUCUUCCUCUCCAAGAACCAGACGUAAUCGCAAGCACAAAAGCCCCUUCAUCGCACGAUCAAAAUACGGCACCAGUAGCGCCCCCACGCCGCAAAAAGAAAAAUAAAGCAGCUCUCCAAAUCAAAAAAUCUGCAUCGAGUGCGACUUUCGAAUCCUCUGAUCUGGCUAGUCCUGCAAGCACCAUCGAGUCUUUGACUCGCGAAUUUGAACAUUCGCUCGAUCGGUUACCUUCUGAAAGCGAAUCAAAGAGUUCGACGCUACGGUCAGGGCAUUCGUUGGAUAUCAAGCAGGCCUUGAAGGGUCAAUUUGUGGUCAAACCCCAAGAUAAUGAUAGUUUAAAGGCCGGGGAUGUGGGAAAGGUCAAGGCUGAAGUGGCCCAAGGGGCGAGUCCGAGAGGAUCGUCCACGAGGUCAAGUGUGGGACACUAUAGUCUGGGACCUCACAGAGGGACUCACCAGUCGCACAAUCGGAGUACAAAAGAACGUCGCAAGUCCGCCGGUGAUGAGAAUAUGUUAAAAGAUGCGAAUUUGAAAGUUAGGACUCACACCGACUCUGGAAAACAAUUAUCCGAUUUCGAGAUUUUGGAACAAGUGACUGUGCUCAAUCUAGAUACCGGUGAGAGAGUCCCUUUGAGCGUAGCCGAGGACAAGUUACCCCAAUGCAUCAACCCUUUAUCAUUACACAUAAUGCGAUUAACAUCCGAAUAUGUGAGUAGUUCGAGUAUGGAAAAACAGAAAGAAUCGGAUGAAGAAAGUGAAGAGAAGAAGAUUGAAAUCCCGAUCGUUGACGAUAAUGAAGAUGUGAGUCGAAUGAGGAAGAAGACAGCCAUGUUGAAGAAAUUCGUCGGUACUGCGAUGAAGAAAACAAUGCAUAAAGCCAAAAGUAUAGCGCAGGAAGUUUCCCAUGCGAGACACAAGGAGGACACUAUUGAUAUAGUCGAUGUUGUCAACCCUGGUGAGCAAACAAUCAAACUCAAAGCUUCCAAUUCGCAUAAGGGCCCCUACGAGUUCGAGAAAGUCGAGCAUGUCCAAGAGCUCAAAGACGAACACGAGGGCCCCAUCUGGUGUAUGAAAUUCUCCUGUUGUGGUCGUCUACUUGCCACAGCCGGCCAAGAUAAAGUGUUGCGGAUUUGGAUUGUUCGCGACGCUUUUCCCUUCUUCCAAGACAUGCGGACGAAAUAUAACGCUGAGAAAGUGUCACCAACGCCGUCACAAGAGUCGCUAGUUUCGCAUCAUUCGAGCGAAAAUAGUAAUUUGGCGGUUUUGGAAGCAAUGAAUUCGGAGGAGUGUGGCAAGAUGAUGUUUAUGCCGAAGCCGUUUUGUACAUAUACAGGGCAUACAAGUGACUUGUUGGAUGUCUCAUGGUCGAAGAAUUAUUUUAUACUAUCAAGUUCGAUGGAUAAGACGGUUAGGUUGUGGCAUAUUUCGAGGAAGGAAUGUUUGUGUUGUUUUCAACAUAUUGAUUUUGUUACGGCGAUUGUGUUUCAUCCGAGGGAUGACAGAUACUUCUUGAGCGGUUCCCUAGACGGCAAACUGCGCCUAUGGAACAUCCCUGACAAGAAAGUAGCCGUUUGGAACGAAGUCGAAGGCAACCCGAAACUAAUAACCGCGGCAAAUUUCUGCCAGAACGGUAAAUUUGCCGUUGUGGGUACUUACGAUGGCCGUUGCAUUUUUUAUAUCACCGAUCAAUUGAAAUAUCAUACCCAAAUCCAUGUCAGAUCUUCCCGUGGUAGAAACGCCACCGGCCGCAAAAUCAGCGGCAUAGAACCAAUGCCUGGAGAGGAUAAAAUUUUGGUCACUUCGAAUGAUAGUCGAAUUCGGUUGUACGACUUGAGAGACUUGAACGUCUCGUGCAAAUACAAAGGAUAUGUAAAUAUGAGUAGUCAGAUUAAGGCGAGUUUUAGCCACGAUGGCAAAUAUAUAGUGAGUGGGUCGGAAAAUAGGGAUAUAUACAUUUGGAAGACUAACCACGACUAUGCGAAAUUUUCGUCGGUGAGGAGGGAUCGGAACGAUUUUUGGGAGGCCAUCAAGGCUCAUAAUGCCGUUGUGACGUGUGCCAUUUUCGCACCAAAUCCCGAAGGGAUCAUCAAGAUGAUCGAAGAGAGUUGCAAAUCGGAAGAAGCGGAAUCUAACGAUAAACAGGUGGAGGAUCCGGUGGUGGAACAACACACCAAAGGUUGUGGGGGUUAUGUCUUAAUCUCGGCCGACUUCAACGGCUGCAUCAAAGUAUUUAUCAAUAAAAUGAAACCUAAACAUAGCUCAUUACCCGUUUCCGCAAUGGUGUCAAACACCAAAAUAAAGAAAACUUAGAGUAGCUUUACUUUUAGUACUAAAUUGUGAUCGAUUGUAUUAUAUUUUUUUUAAAUUGUACAUUAUUUUAUCCAGUUCUAAUACACACUAAUUGAGAACUA